CAUCCACCACCUACGGACGCAACAGCAGCCUAAAUCUCUUUAAUCGCAGCAAGCACUCCUUAUCAAACACACCGCAUCCACCGACCGCAGUCAUGGGUAAAGUUCACGGAUCUCUCGCACGUGCCGGAAAAGUCAAGUCUCAGACACCAAAGGUUGAGCCCCAGGAGAAGAAGAAGACCCCCAAGGGCCGAGCCAAGAAGAGGAUAACCUAUACUCGCCGAUUCGUCAACGUCACCAUGACUGGCGGCAAGCGGAAGAUGAACCCCAACCCAACUUCAUAAUCGGAUCGUCUUGGAAGGGAUGAAGCAGGCACGAACACAAUCAGCUAGAAACCUUCUGUCAUGGGUUUCAAUUUCCUCGGGAUGGCUAUGACUCUAGAUCAAAGAACUCGGGAUGCUUGGCUCGAGACGGAUGUGGACGUCGCAUGUCCGCUUGAGAGAGGGUCCCAAGCUUUUGGGAGGAAAGGGGCAUAUUCAUGGCGUACGAUGUACAUUCGGCUUUGCAUGGCUAAACUAUGAAAUCAAGGCUCCUUGUGUUUUGA